GAAAUAUCCGUAUCAAAAACCCCGUCGGCUUGGGGCGAGAACAGGUAGUUUUCCAUUGAAACAUUCACACAUAUCUAUCCCCUUUUUUCCCCAUAACUUCACUUCCCUCAAACCCUAACAAUUUUAAUCAAUCAAUCAAUCAAUCGAAUAGAUAGAUACAUACAGAUAUAUACAUAUAUAUAGAGAAAACAUGAGCUCCACAACCGAUAAGUUAUCUCAAUUCCAAGCAAUAACUGGUCUGGAAGACACCGAUUUAUGCACCGAAAUCCUCUCCGCUCAUAACUGGAAUCUUGAUGAAGCUAUUUCAACCAUUACUUCUACUUCUUCAGAUUCCGAUUACAUUCCCACCGCCCAAACCACCGCCAUCGAUACUUUCGAUCAGCAAUCAGGUUUAAUCACCACCGACGGUGCCGCUCCACCAGGUUUAGCUUGGAAACUCAUUACUUUACCUAUUUCUAUUGUUUCCGCUAGCCUAGGGUUAGUUUCCGGUGCCGUAGGUCUAGGUUUAUGGAUAGUUGGCGGUGUGUUAUCGUAUUCGUUAAGUAUGAUUGGAUUAACUAACUCUAACGGAGCGUCGACGUCGUCGCCGUUGGUUUCGGUGUCGUCGGCCGCGGCGGAGGCGAUGGAGUUUGUGAAUGAGUUUGAGAGUGAGUAUGGGGAGAGGCAUCCGAGUUUUGUGAAUGAAGGGUUUAUGGACGCGUUACAGCGGUCGAGAAGGGAAUUUAAGUUGCUGUUUGUGUACUUGCAUUCGCCUGAUCAUCCGGAUACGCCUGUGUUUUGUGAAGGGAGUUUGUGUGAUGAUGUUUUGUGUGACUUUGUUGAUGAGAAUUUUGUUGCUUGGGGUGGGAGUAUCAGGUCCAGUGAAGGGUUUAAGAUGAGUAAUAGUUUGAAAGCUUCUAGAUUUCCGUUUUGUGCCGUUGUUAUGGCUGCUACUAAUCAAAGAAUUGCUUUGCUCCAGCAGGUGGAAGGACCUAAAUCACCAGAAGAAAUGCUUACAAUAUUGCAGAGGGUUCUUGAAGAAAGUGGCCCGGUCCUUGUAACAGCCAGACUUGAUGCUGAGGAACGUAUAAACAACAUGCGAUUGAGGGAGGAGCAAGAUGCAGCAUAUCAAGCUGCACUCGAAGCUGAUCAAGCAAGGGAACGCCAGAGGAAGGAAGAGGAAGAAAGACUGGAAAGAGAAGCUGCUGAAGCAGAGAGGAAAAAGAAGGAAGAAGAGGAGGCUCGUGAAAGAGCAGCCCAUGAAGCUGCUGAAAGAGAAGCCACAUUAACCAAACUGCGAGAGGAAAAAUCCUUGUCUUUGGGCCCAGAACCCGAAAAGGGUCCUGAUGUUACUCAGGUAUUGGUGAGGUUGCCAAAUGGAGAACGAAAAGGAAGAAGGUUCCAUUGUAGCUCAACAAUACAAUCUUUAUAUGACUUUGUUGAUUCAUCAGGAUGCUUAGAAAUGGAAAGUUACACUCUUGUCACCAAUUUCCCUCGUGUACUCUAUGGUCAAGACAAACUCUCUUUGACGCUAAAAGAAGUUGGACUACAUCCUCAAGCCAGUCUUUUUGUGGAGAUGAAAUCAUGAGAGAAACAGCCGAGUUUAGUUUUGUGGUAUAGGAUUUUAUUUUUAUUUUGUUUUGUGAAAUCAGGUCUUCCAUCUAUCCCUUAAUGAAUGAUGACUGAUUCCGUGUUUAGAAUGUCGUCCUUCCGAUAUGUCAUAUAUAUUUAUCUUUACAUCCAUGUAUCAUGCAGAUUAAUUUUAGACUAAAUUUAUUGACCUGAAAUAAAUUAUUUGACAAGCA